CAAAGUUGUCAAUUUUGAGUGGGGUGGUUGGUCCAUGAGAACUGAAUAAUUUUCUAAGAUAUUCCAAAAUAUACCAUUGGUUACCCAAAUUUGACCUUCUACUUUCAAAGUUGCUAGGAAGGAGAUCAAGAAGAGCAGCACUCUUCAUCCAUUUCUUUACAAAAACAUCUACCUACCUACUAGUAUAUUUAAAUAUACAUUCAACAUCUACUUACAUCAUUAAAUUCUAGAUCUUUUAUUCAUCUUCUAAAAAACCCACAUCCUUAGAUUUUCUGCUUCCAACUCAUUUUUGAUCGAGCAAUUCGUACAGAUCAAGGUAUGCCCUGAUCUGAUGAUUUAAAAUUUUCCUACAGUUAUAAAAAAUGGCUCCCCCAACAAGAAUUGGUCUUGCUGGCCUAGCUGUUAUGGGCCAAAAUCUUGCCCUUAACAUUGCUGAUAAAGGGUUCCCCAUUUCUGUUUACAACCGGACUACCUCAAAGGUUGACGAGACUGUUGAACGAGCCAAACAAGAAGGAAAUCUUCCUGUAUAUGGUUUUCAUGAUCCUGAAUCUUUUGUCAACUCAAUCCAGAAACCUCGUGUUAUAAUCAUGCUUGUUAAGGCUGGGGCUCCAGUUGAUGCAACCAUCAAAACAUUGUCUGUCUACUUGGAGAAAGGGGACUGUAUUAUUGAUGGUGGUAAUGAGUGGUAUGAGAAUACCGAGAGAAGAGAGAAAGCAAUGGAGGAGAAGGGACUACUCUACCUUGGAAUGGGAGUUUCAGGUGGUGAAGAGGGUGCAAGACAUGGACCCUCCUUGAUGCCCGGUGGUUCUUUCGAUGCUUACAAGAACAUUGAGGACAUCCUACUUAAGGUUGCUGCCCAGGUUUCUGACAGUGGCCCUUGUGUAACCUAUAUUGGAGAAGGAGGCUCUGGCAACUUUGUUAAGAUGGUUCAUAAUGGAAUUGAAUAUGGUGACAUGCAGUUGAUUGCUGAGGCUUAUGAUGUUCUGAAAUCAGUUGGAAAGUUGACUAAUGAUGAAUUGAAAGAAGUUUUUGAAGAAUGGAACAAAGGGGAGCUUCUUAGUUUCUUGGUUGAGAUUACUGCAGAUAUCUUUGGAAUUAAGGAUGACAAAGAUGAAGGAUAUCUGGUCGAUAAAGUGCUUGAUAAAACUGGCAUGAAGGGUACUGGAAAAUGGACAGUUCAGCAAGCUGCUGAUUUAUCUGUUGCUGCCCCUACCAUCGCGUCAUCUUUGGACUCAAGAUUCCUCAGUGGUCUAAAAGAUGAAAGAGUUGCAGCUGCCAAGGUCUUCAAAGCCGGAGGGGUUGAAGAUAUCUUGUCUGACCAAGUAGUUGACAAAAAGAAAUUGAUUGAUGAUGUUAGGCAAGCGCUAUAUGCUUCCAAAAUAUGCAGUUAUGCACAAGGGAUGAAUUUGAUUCGUGCAAAGAGUGUUGAGAAAGGAUGGGACUUGAAACUCGGGGAGCUCGCUAGGAUAUGGAAGGGUGGAUGCAUUAUCCGCGCUAUAUUUUUGGACCGCAUCAAGAAGGCAUAUGACAGGAAUGCAGAUCUUGCAAACCUCCUAAUUGAUCCAGAAUUUUCUAAGGAGAUGAUUGAGCGUCAAUCUGCUUGGCGUAGAGUUGUCUGCCUUGCUAUCAGUUCUGGUAUCAGCACCCCCGGUAUGUCCUCCAGCCUCGCUUAUUUUGAUUCAUAUAGGAGGGAAAGGUUGCCUGCUAAUUUGGUGCAGGCCCAAAGAGAUUAUUUUGGAGCCCAUACCUAUGAAAGGGUUGACAUGGCUGGUUCUUUCCAUACCGAGUGGUUCAAACUCGCUAAGCAAUCUAAGAUCUGAGUUGAGAUUUGGCUCCUUUCCAAAAUAUUUCCUGCAAUAACCAUCUUUGGGAUGCCAACUUUGAGCAGUGCACAGCACGCUAUGACAUUAUCUGGUAGAGAAGAUUUAAUCUUAAAAUGCUUUAUGAUGUGUUAUAAACUCCCUUUUUAUUUGGGUUUUUAUGUUUUUUGAUAGUCGUUUGUGUUCGAGAAUCUAAGUGUAGAAUCUUUCUAUUUCUGCUGGCUUUGAACGAAAAACAGUUUUAGUGACAAGGUUCCAUUCCUGUUUACUUAAGGGAUCUGAGUGUUUUUCUUUUUAAUUGUUCUUUGGAUCAGAAGAUUUUCUAGCAUCAUAUAUUGAAAUAAUAUUUCAUUCUAAAUUA